AAUCAUUUGGGACGUGAUAGUAAUGCUAAAAUCCGCGCAGCAGAUCUGGCAACCUGGACUGGGGGCAAAGGUCAAAGUAGUGAUGAAGGUUCCGUCUCAGUAGAGGAGCCGCACUUGUUUAUUUUGUUUUUAAAAUUAUAUUUGAGGUGAGGGGCAUAAAUUAUGGCACGUUUGGUUGCAAUUUGUCGGGACGGGGAAGAAGAAUACCCAUUUCUUACCAGACAGAUCCCACUGUACAUUGAUGACAGCUUAACUAUGGUUAUGGAAUUUCCUGACAGUGUUGCUGAUGUUGAUAGCAAUGAUAUCAAUUCCCCCUCCUUUAAACAGUUUUCUAAGUAUUACUCCAAACUGACACAUCAGGACUUGAAUAUUGCUCUAAUGGUGACAUCUAGAGAGGUCUACAGUGCUCUGUCACAGUUUGUUCCAUGUGUGGGCUGUAGGAGGAGUGUGGAGCGCCUCUUUUCUCAUCUAGUUGAAUCAGGGAGCCCAGCUUUGGUACCCCUCACUGUGAAAUCUACAGCCAUGCUUUCUGUAACAAAGUCCUGUAUGUCAGAUUUGAAGAAGCUUUACUCUCUCUUCUACGUUCAUGGGUCAAAGUUAAAUGAUUUGAUUGACGCCAUUCCAAAAAGCAAAAAAAAUAAACGAUGUCAGUUACACUCCUUAGAUACACACAAACCCAAGCCUUUAGGGGGAAGCUGGAUGGAUGUGUGGGAGCUCAUGUCACAAGAAUGCAGGGAUGAGGUGGUGGUCAUCGAUAGUGCAUGUCUCCUAGAGACACUAGAGGAAUACCUGCGUAAACACAAAUUUUGCGCUGAUUGUAAAAAUAAAGUGCUAAGAGCAUACAACAUCCUUGUAGGGGACUUGGACAGCAGUAAAGAGAAGGGCUACUGUGCUGCUCUGUUUGAAGGUUUGUGCUGCUGUCCACAUGAACGCCACAUACAUGUGUACUGUGAGACUGACUUCAUUGCUCACCUUCUUGGUCGGGCUGAGCCUGAGCUUUCUGGGGGCUAUGAACGAAGAGAGAGACACGCUAAGACUAUUGAUAUUGCACAAGAAGAGGUCCUUACCUGUAUAGGUAUUCACCUUUAUGAACGACUGCACAGAAUUUGGCAGAAACUCCGAGCAGAAGAGCAGACAUGGCAGGUUUUAUUUCAUUUAGGAAUUGAUGCACUACGGAAAAGUUUUGAGAUUGCAGUGGAGAAGUUGGAGGGCAUCAGUCGGCUAGAGCAGUUUUUUGAAGAGCUGUCUGAAGAAGAGAGGGCUAAAGAGCUUAAACUGGAGAAAAAAAGACAAAAGAAGAAAAACCGUCGCAAAAAUAAGUGUGGCAAUGAGAUGGCUGAACAGGAAGCGGAGAUUGAGAAGAGAGUCCCUGACGUGGGAUCUGUUGAGUCUGUGGAGAGCUGUUGCCAUGGCUGUGAAAGCCAUUAUGAAGAUGAAAAUGUCUGUCAAGACCCAGUCACUACUAAUGAAAACAUGUCCUGCACGUGCUCAGGCAACACCAAACAAGAUCUGUCUACGCACAGCAAUGGUAGUGACUGUGGGUACUCAUCAAGCAGUGAAAUUUGCUCUCGAGAAGGUUCAGAUGUUGCCUGCUCAGAUGGAAUUUGCAACCAUGAUGAAACAGGUGAUAACAGUAAUAUCCAUUGUACUGAAGAUGGAGCAGACUGUUGUCUGGACUGUUGGCACAAAGAAGAGCAAUGUGCAAGUAAAAAAGGAUCAUGCUCUGAUCUAUGCAACAAUGAGGGACAUAAGGAUGAACAACAACUAUUGCACUUGCACCCAACCAAUGAAACCCUUUCGUGUGGAAAUACUUUGGCCAACAGCACCUUACAUUGGCCUUGGAUUGCACAUAAACCGGAUUGUGGGUUCAAAAUUACUCUUUUGGAACUACAGGAGUCUACGGUUUAUUCAAAUGAAGAGAAUGGCUUAACCAAAGAGGAAAUCCAGUCAUUCUAUGAAAAACAUCCAACAUUCCUCCAAGAACGCCAUCUAUUCCGCCAGCGCAUUAAGAAAAGAUUCUUUGACUAUUGCCAUGCUGCUACAAGGAGGAAAGUGGUUGGCCACAGCUAGUGUCAAUAGCUGCAUUAAAGUUGCUCUCUAGUGAAAA